ACCAGGGAAUGGGUUUUUUUCAACAACCAUAUUAAAUUAUUUGAUAUUUUUAUACACAACUGACCAAAUGUCACGCGCUGUCAAACGUCAAACAAUUGCCAUUGCUGUCAAUGUGAAGCGGGAAAUUUAAAUUCCUAUUGAAAGUCUAUCAUUGAUUAAAAAAAGAAACAACAAACUAGAAAAAAACAUCAACUAAAUAUUUUGCUUUCAGACAACAUUUUUAAUGCAGUGAAUGUUUUUAGAUUUGUUGCAAUCGUUGCUAAUAAUUAGGUGCUAAGUUUGUUUGAUCAAUAGUACUUCGCUUUCUGGUAAUCAGUUUAUUACGAAAAAUGUUUCGAAGUGAGUUGCAGGAUGAUGGAGAUUUGCGUGCAGAGAUUUUUCAGCUGAAAAAGAAUUUAUCCAACAUCAACACAGAAAAUCGCAUGUUGAAGGUGAAAAUACGCAAGUUACAGAAUGAAAUUAUCAAAAAGGAUAAGCAGAUUGAUGAUAUUUUGGAUCCUAGAAAGCCUAUCGAAGUCUCUAAAAUUCUCUACGAACGCAGCGCAUCUUUUGUUUUAAAUAUGAAAGAAAAAAAUGAUGAACUUUUACAAAUACUUCAUGAAAAGGACAUCAUUAUACGACGUUUGCAAAAUCAACUUGGUGCCACCAAAUUAUAUUCUCAGCCUCUACAAAAACAAUUUCAGAGUAAUAAAUAUUCCGAUGAUUUAAACUGGGACAACGAAACUGGACAAAUCAAAAAAAAAGUGCCUUCUUUAAAAAAUGUAGACCAUAAUUUAUUUAACGGUGAAAUAAAAACGAAAAAAAAUAGAAGCUUAUCAUGGACUUGUUGCGUUCAGGAAGCUGAAUCUAAUUUAAUUAAACACACUGAAAGGAAAAAAAGUAGCGUGAAGGACCAAAAUUAUCUAAAUUCUCGCCAAACAAGUUCUAGGAAGUCUAGUCCGGAAAGUGAUCUUGAAAGAAUUGAACUUCUUUGUGAAAGUCCACAUGAAGAAAUUCAACAACUUCAUUCAUAUUUCCUUGAAAUAAUUGCAGAACUAGACCACUUGAAAACUACUGUCACGGAAUUACAAAAUGACAAAGAUAAAACUGACUCUGCUUUAAAGAAAGAGAAUUAUACGAUAGAUAUGUUAGCUAAAGAAGUAAAAAACCUCAGAUUCAACACACUGAAAUCUAGUAAGAAUUGUGGUAGCAGUCGUUUCCACAGUGCAGACUUAGUUGCAAAAGUGUAUAACAACAAAAACAGACUGUCCAACAAAAGUGGAAAAGAAAAGAAAAACAAAGAUAAAUCCAAAGUAACUAAUAACAAGAAAAAAGUGUCUGAUAGUUCAAAUGGUCUGAAAUUUAAGCAUAAAAAUAAAAUGCAAGAAAUGAAAAGCGUGAUGGUACAAGUUGAUCAAUUAUUGGAUGAUACGGAAUGUUCUAAUCAAUGUCUUUACGUUGAAAGAAAUAACAUUAUAAUAAAGGAAAAAUCACCAACUUUUGAGGAUAGAGAAGAUGAGUAUGCUAAUGAAGUGUUUGAAGAAUAUGAUACGACUGAAACACCAAAUUAA